UUUACUGCAACUGUGAUCAGAUUACUAAGGUAUCAAAGAGCAGACACUUUUUGAUAUAACUUCUAAGAUUAGGUUAAACAAACCAAAGAAAAUAUAUUUUUAAGCUACGGUGAAACUGUAUAUGGAUUUUUAGUGAGUCCAUAUCCUUCAUAUCAAAACUUGUUAAUUUCUGGUCAUUAAAGCGAUCUUAUGCAUAAGUUCUGUGGCAAUAUCUGAAAAUGGAAACUAAAAAGAACAGUUUAAUUGCAGUUGCAGAAGAAUGGAAGAAUUUAGAUACAACUUUUCAGGAGUUGGAGGCAUUACAAAAAUCAUGUUCUAAAGCUGUGGCAAAUUUUAAAAAAGUUGAAAGUGAUUUCAAAAAGUCAGUCACCAAUCACAUUAAAGGUGUUGCUCGUAUAUCAGAAACAUUAAAAUGUUGCCGACCAUCAUCUGAAGAUGAAAGAAAGGAAUAUUAUGAACUGAAAAAGAGUGUAAAUAUUAGAAAAGAGGAAUUGAACAGUAUGUCUGCUACCCUACCGAAAGAUAGUGGAUUAUACUUAAAAAUAACCCUGGGUAGCGUCAAUGUUUCAUUGCUGGAUGAAGAUGCUAAGUACAAAUAUAAAGAUGAAUAUGAAAGAUUUAAGCUAAUUGUUACUAUUUUUGUUUUGAUUCUGUCGUACAUCAAUAUAUUUACGACUUACAAAACUUUAGAUGCAAUACUUCAUUUCCUUCUUGUGUGGUAUUACUGCACCUUAACUCUGAGAGAAAGUAUUUUGGUUGUAAAUGGCUCAAGAAUCAAAGGCUGGUGGAGACUUCAUCAUUUUAUAACUACAGUUCUGGCAGGGAUACUAAUAUUGUGGCAUGAAGCAGAAUCGUACCAGGCAUUUAGGCGUCAAUUUAUGUUGUAUUCUUGCUAUUCAAGUUUUCUGCAGUUUUUACAAUACAAGUAUCAACAAGGAUGUUUGUAUCGAUUACGAGCUUUGGGAGAACGCUAUAAUAUGGAUAUAACACUUGAUGGCUUCCAUUCUUGGAUGUGGAGAGGUUUACAGUUUUUACUGCCUUUUCUGAUACUUGGAUAUUGUUUCCAACUGUACAAUGCUUAUUCAUUGUUUAAGUUAACAAUGGAAGUUAAAGAUGUAGAAUGGCAGGUUCCAGCAGCUGGUUUGAUGUUCCUCAUGCUUUUCUCAGGCAAUUUCUUAACCACAGCUUUGACUGUGCAUCAAAAGUUUAGUCUGAAUUCUUUACUCUUCCGCAAAGUUCAAUAAAGUGUAAAUGAUUGCCUUGAUUCUUUUCAGUGCAAAACUUACGUGACCUGAAUGAUAAGAUAAUGAUAAAUCAGUAUUAUAUUAUUUCAUUCUCAUUCCAAUAUUCAGAAUGUGAUCACUUACUUUUUUGUAAUUACAUUUUUUCAUAUCAAUUUCUAAUAUUUGAGGUUUUGUUUGUUUUUUUAAUUAAAAAAUUUUAUUUCAUAGACAUUAUAAAUGUGCAUAAAUAAUUUGUUCCUUAAGAGUGUUUUAAUCCAUAGUUUUAUAUUUUAAAUGAUCUUAUAUAUGCAUAUACAAUUUAUAACUAGAUCUACUUAAAAAUAAAUAUUUUUUAAACAUUUUUUUCUUAAUUUUACUGAGAGAGAUAUUUUGUAAUUUUUUAUUGUUGUAUCAAUUUAUUGUCAAUUAACAUGAUUUAUUUUAACAGUAUGAAUUUGAACUAAGUAAUGUUGAUAUAAAUAUUUUCAUAAAGGCAAGCAUUGCUGGUAUUCCAAGAAAUUAUUUAUGCGAUGUAUUUUUAAAUUGUAUUUAUGUAUAGAUUUAAUUAUCUAAAUUCUCUGUUUGGAUAAAAUGGCUACAUAUCAGAGCUAUAUAUUUUUUAAUAUUCCUAGAAUAAAUUUUUAUAUUAUUAAAUAAUUAUCAGCUAUCUAUCAAUUUUAUAUGAAAAUCAGUUCAGUGGGAAAAUAUUUAAGUUUGAUUGUGAAACAGUUUUGUUGUACCAAUUUUGAUUUAUAAUGAAAAGGAGUUUAUACUGUCUUUCAAAUAUUGCUAGAAAAUCUAAAGAUUUCUUAAAAUUUAGAUCAAUAAUUAUUAAUUAACUCCAUUUUUUCCUGCAUUUGUGUGCCAAACAGGAAUUUUAGUUAUUUUUCUAACAAAACAUUAAUAGUUUUUAUAAUUCUUGAAAAUUUUGCAGUCUAAUGUAUUUCAUAUUUGGAGAAUCAGAUUUAACAAUUUUAAUAAAGUUUUAUGCAUUGCAUUGACUAGAAGGUGUUUGCCAGUUGAUGCACAUUAUUUAAUAUUACUGGAGUAGAAAUUCUUCAGCGUUAAAUUAUGGGUAGUAAAAAGGAAAUAACCUCUAUUAAACUAUUUAUUAUACAAACCUACCUAUGCUUCUAUUAAACUAUAUUUUUGACCAUUCAAUUUUUUAUAUUAGUGAUGACAUUCUACAAUGAACAAAAAAUAAAUAAACUAUAAAAAGUAAGAGAAAAUUUGAAAGAAUAAUUUUUUAUCAAAUUUUCACUUACUAAAACUUCAUUCUUUUACUACUUCAAAGGGCAAAUCAAAUUUCAAAUGAUUAAUUAUUUAGAAAAUUAAUGAAUAAAUUUUUUUAAACAAAUAUUCCUAAUUGAUUAGUGCUUUUUGACUUAUAAAUUGCAAGUAUGGAUGCUGCAAUCUGUAAAACAUAGACCUGAUAAGUUAGUUAAGAAAGUAGUCAAUAGGUCUUUUAAAUGUUGAACAUUUGGAAAUAGUAAAAAUGAAAAUAUCAAAAUCGCAAAAUCGAAUGUGUGUUAUCCAAGUAGUGUGAUACUGUGUUCGAUUGUAUAUAAUUUCGUCCAAAAGAACUGAAACUUGCUCAACAGUUAUAUUUUUUAAAUAAAAAAUUUCUUUAGUGUGAAACACUAUUUAUCCAUGGUAUUUCAUAAUCCUGAAUUAAUUCUUUUUUUAAAAUUAAUAAAUGUAUGAACAAUAAGUGAUAUAUAAUGUAAUUUUACAAAAAUUACUAUUCUGCGUAUCCCUAACUAUGAUACUUAUUAUUUAAGAUAUAGGUAGUACACAAAAUGGAAGUUUGUUUGAUUUUUAAAUUGUAAUUAAAAUUUUUAUUUUUUGAUAAAUGAAAUUUUUUUUUUUCAGAAUAAAAUAAGAAAAGUUCCUAUUUUUUCACUUUUUCUAAUAAUGUGAUUGUAUUUUCUAUAAAACUAGUUGAAAUAACUUAUAUUUAUUAUGUUAAUUAUAUUUGUGCACACAUAAUGAAAAUUAAAUAUUUUUGAUAAUACUUUUAUAAUUAAUCACUUUUAAUGAUUAUUUUAGGAAGCAUUUUGUUAUCAGUAAUUAGAAUAUAUUUAUCAAUUUCAAAACAUUGUUCAAAAACUGCUUCCAAAAAAAUUAUUAAAUCUAUUGUAGUACUUAAUAUGCACAUAAUUUAUAUUUUUUAAAUGUACAAUUCUAUUGAUUGUGAUAUAUUAUACUAAUGCCAUAUUUUAUGACACAAAUGUGUGUUGUUUUUGCAGCUAAAAUUUUGUUUAUCAUAAUUGACUUUAUCUUGUUGUGUUUUAAUUUUUCAAUAAAUUAUUUAAUUUCAA